GUCGUCACCGCCGCCGCCGCCCGCGCAGUCGUUAGCCGCUUCACACACUUCCAUUGCUGCUGCCGCCGCCGCCGUCACCGCGCCUGCUUGCCUGCCUGCCUGCUGAGGGGGGCUCGCCUCAGGAAAAAAACCGCAGCGAUUUUUAAUUUUUUUUAAAAGACCCUUUCGCCUCCUCCCUUGCUUUUCUUUGCUUCCUCAACCGGCCGAAAAUGCCUCGCGGAGACCGGGAGAGCGACUGGGUGAGUGAGAGGGAAAAAGAGCAGUUCCGCAAACUAUUCAUUGGUGGCUUAAGCUUCGAAACCACAGAAGAAAGUUUGAGAAACUACUAUGAGCAAUGGGGAAAGUUAACGGAUUGUGUGGUUAUGAGAGACCCUGCAAGCAAACGCUCACGAGGAUUUGGUUUUGUAACAUUCUCUUCCAUGGCUGAAGUUGAUGCAGCAAUGGCUGCCAGACCUCAUUCCAUUGAUGGAAGAGUAGUUGAGCCGAAAAGAGCUGUAGCCAGGGAGGAAUCUGGAAAACCUGGAGCUCAUGUAACUGUGAAAAAAUUGUUUGUUGGUGGAAUUAAAGAAGAUACUGAGGAACAUCACCUUAGAGACUACUUCUCGGAAUAUGGAAAAAUCGACACAAUUGAAAUAAUUACAGACAGACAAUCUGGUAAAAAGAGGGGCUUUGGAUUUGUAACUUUUGAUGACCAUGAUCCAGUGGAUAAAAUUGUAUUGCAGAAAUACCAUACUAUCAAUGGUCAUAAUGCAGAAGUAAGAAAAGCUUUAUCCAGACAAGAAAUGCAAGAGGUUCAGAGCUCAAGGAGUGGACGAGGAGGUAACUUUGGCUUCGGAGACUCGCGUGGAGGUGGUGGAAACUUUGGACCUGGACCUGGAAGUAACUUCAGAGGUGGAUCUGAUGGCUAUGGAGGCGGUCGUGGAUUUGGUGAUGGAUAUAAUGGAUAUGGCGGGGGACCAGGAGGUGGCAAUUUUGGAGGCAGUCCUGGUUAUGGCGGAGGAAGAGGAGGAUAUGGUGGUGGAGGACCUGGAUAUGGCAACCAGGGUGGGGGCUAUGGAGGUGGCUAUGACAACUACGGAGGAGGCAAUUAUGGAGGAGGAAAUUACAAUGAUUUUGGAAACUACAACCAACAGCCCUCAAACUAUGGUCCAAUGAAGAGUGGAAAUUUUGGUGGAAGCAGGAACAUGGGAGGACCAUAUGGUGGAGGAAACUAUGGUCCUGGAGGAAGUGGAGGAAGUGGGGGAUAUGGAGGGCGGAGCCGUUAUUGAUCUUCUGUAAGCUUUUCAUGGGCUUCACUGUAUAAAUAGGAGAGGAUGAGCCCAGAGGUAAAAGAACAGCUUCAGGUUUUCGAAUAACAUUGUUAAGGAAACUUAUCUCAGUCAUGCAUAAAUAUGCAGUGAUAUGGCAGAAGACACCAGAGCAGAUGCAGAGAGCCAUUUUGUGAAUGGAUUGGAUUAUUUAAUAACAUACCUUACUGUGGAGGAAGGAUUGUAAAAAUGCCUUUGAGACAGUUUCUUAGCUUUUUAAUUGUUGUUUCUUUCUAGUGGUCUUUGUAAGAGUGUAGAAGCAUUCCUUUGAUAAUGUUAAAUUUGUAAGUUUCAGGUGACAUGUGAAACCUUUUUUAAAGAAUUUUCUCAAAGUUUUGAAAAGCUAUUAGCCAGGAUCAUGGUGUAAUAAGACAUAACGUUUUCCUUUUAAAAAUUUAAGUGCGUGUGUAGAGUUAAGAAGCUGUUGUACAUUUAUGAUUUAAUAAAAUAAUUCUAAAGGAAAUGUUGUGUAAUCUUAGAUUUAUUUAAAAUACGUUGUAAAUUAAGGCAAGGAGUGGGUAGUAGAAGGUCCCACAAAUACUACAAAGUCAUUGUUGUACAUGUAAAUGUGGUCAGAUAAUGUUUUCUGUAAAUCACCAGGUUUAAAAUACCUAGAUAACUUAAGGGAUAUCUCUGCAAGGAGAAACACCUUUUUAGAUCUUUUAGAUGCUGCUUCUUCAAUGGCAAGGAAAGGAAAUAUCCCCAGCGAGGUACUCUUCCAGGGACACAGGUCUAGUGCAAGAGAACUCUUGAGAACGGCACUAAGUUCAGCCAGUCUUAAAAAGCUGUGCUGUACUUCUGCAGAGCUUUAACUACAGUAGUUUUAUAAGGAUGCCAACGAGAGCUGAGGGUGUAGAGCAAAAUAGUUCUAAGCUUCAGUUAAACUUCUUUAGCUUUAUGCACCAUGGACAAGCAAUAGACCUGCUGAGCAAAUGAACCAGCCAAGUGUCCAUUAAAACUUUGCAAGGGUCCCAUCCCUGCUAUGGUUAGUUAAAAUGGAAGGUGCCAGCUGCAGGUAACUAAUGAAGAAGUGGUCAACCACAGAAACUUCAAGAAAUAAGAUUUUUCUAUGCUCAUCACAAAAUAGAUGGUUUUGCUGGUUUUAUAAAACCUUUUUAGGUUAAAUUAAUAUUAGUGCAGCCUAUUGUAAUGCUUUUUAAAAUAUAUAAAACUAUAGUAGCACCUGUUCUUAGAAUUCAGCCUGAAUAGGAAAUCAAAAUUAAUGUUUUAAGACAGCAAAUACUGUGUCAUAUUUUUUAUAAGUGAUAAUAAACUUUUAUACAAAAAUA